AUGUCGCAAUACAACAACAACGGGCGGCCGCCCUUCUCAAACAGGCCAAACCGAGGUGGCUACAAUGCCAACUUUGGGCAGCGUGGGGGUGCCUGGGGGCGAGGUGCUGGGGGACGAGGUGCGUGGGCUUCCGGCGGUGACGCUGGUAGCUUCACUGGAGGACGAGGUGCCGGAGGACGAGGUGCAUGGACUCCCAGCGGUGACGCUGGUAGCUUUCCUGGAAGACGACGUGCCGGAGUAUCAGGUGCCCCCACAGGCUCUCGAAGCGACAUGCAGAAUGCAGCAAUUGAAGGUUCUGCCCAAGGCGGCCUCAAGUUUGACCAGGCCUGCUACAUGCCACCACCUCACGGCUACCAAGACCAGAGUGAGGUGGCAGCCCGCAAAAUGGGCAUGGAUGAGGCUGCUGCCAACUGCUUGCGCUGCGGUAGAUCGAAGGAGGACGGUCAUCUGAACUGCCCUAAGCUGUACUGCACCCGCAGCUGGUACAAGAAGCACGGGUUUGACCUGCGCUGCCCCGAUCAGCUAGUCAGCAACGGGCAGAUGCGCUUUCGCCCAAGCGAGGUAGAGAUCACUGGCCUCCUUCGUCUCGGAUGCGAUUGGGUGCGCGACAUUAUGCCAGCCUCUGAAUUCAACACAGGCACCAAGCAAUCUGCCAACGAUGCCUUCGGAGAGGAGUCCAACCUCCAUGAAGAGAUCAAGAGGUUGAACACGAUUAACAACAAUGCCGUAUCGCGCAUGAAAGUCGAGAUAGGGCUGAGACGGGCGGCUGAAGCGCAAGUGCGAACCUUGCAAGCAUCCAUUGACCUUCUUCGAUGCCAGAACGAAGAGCUGAGGGCCAAGAAAGACGAAACGCCUGCCCCAACUGCCGAUUUUGCCGACCGUAUGGCGGAGCUGAUGGAGGAUGUUGCCAGGGUGGAGCGCAUGGAGGAGUUUGCGGAGGAUGCUGCCACGGUGGAGCGCAUGGAGGAGCUAUUGGGGGAGGAUUUUUGGGUGGACAAGUAA